AUGCGUCAAGGACACGACGUCGGUUCGCUCGAGACGCACCUUCUCACGUUCAAACGGGACGCCAACAGACCAAUUUGGGUAAGGACACUAGACAAACUAGAUUGUCCUGUAGGCACUAUAUUGGCUGAAGACCAAUUUGGACCAAUUUGGGUAAGGACACUAGACAAACUAGAUUGUCCUGAAGGCACUAUAUUGGCUGAAGACCAAUUUGGACCAAUUUGGGUAAGGACACUAGACAAACUAGAUUGUCCUGUAGGCACUAUAUUGGCUGAAGACCAAUUUGGAUUAGAUUGUCCUGAAGGCACUAUUAUGGCUAAAGACUUGUCUAAAGAUCAGAUUGGCAUCAGACCAGCUUGUCCGGAGUUCAAAUUAGCUAAAGACAUUAGACCAGAUCGUCUAAAGACACCUGUUUGUCUUCACCAGUCACUAGAUCGACUUCAGACACUAACUUGA